AUUCUAUUCUCUAUCCAUUCCAAGCUCGUAGGGUUCUCCGACGAUGUCCAUCGACAGUAGUAGAAGACUCCUGAUGGCUUCGUCGUCCGACGAUGUGUUUACAGCGAUUUGCGGUGGCACAUUUGUGUACCCGGCGGUCAUGCAUGAGCAGUAUCAAGAUAUCCGGGUGACCAACCGAGACGGUGUUACACCCGGUUCGAUUCGGCAGAUCACUUAUGGACAUGCCAUCUCACGUAUGGUUUCACGGGCGACCGAGGAAAUCACCCGGAUUGACCACACGAGUCGAACCAUUGAAUCUAGGUUCAAGCCCGAUGGUGCCUUCGUGGGCAGGUUCUUUAGUUCGGCCUCCUUGGUCGUAAAGGUCGAACCGCUGUCGAUGAACGAUGGUCCCAACCGUCCAGGUUCGACCGUCGUAUGGACCUUGACCUACGCUUCCGAUUUCAAUGGCGGUGUCAACCUGAACAUGUUCCAAGAUGCUAUAGCAGAGGGCUUCAGGACUUUAGACGUUUAUCUCAGGAGCCCAUAAGAUCGUUAAUUGAUCACCAUAUAUGUACCACAGGGACGUGCUUAGGAUUUCGACAAACUAUUUUACUAAUUUACAUACGUUGGUGUGCUUGAUAUUAAGAAAUAUGUGAUUUGCAC